AUGGCCAAAAAACCUACUAAAGUCGAUAAAGAAGCCAAGAAGGCCCGCAUGGCCGAAAAGAAUGCUAAAAAUGCUGCUAAGUCCGAUAAAAAGGACAAAAAAUUGGCUAAAAAAAAUGCCGGAUCCGACGACGAAGAUGAUAUGGAUAUCGAUGAGAUUCUCGAAAACUAUAAAAAGGAACAGGAAGCUUUUCAAGCUGUGACUAUUACUGCCGUUGAAAAUGGACCCUCAAAACGUAUUAAUGCAACUAUGGUAGCAUCCCCUGUUCAAGGAAAGCACGAAUUGUUCUUGUUUGGUGGUGAAACGACAGAAACCAAGCAAGUUCGUACCGGCAAUCGCCGUUUUGGUACAAGUAGCGUUAUGACAGAAACGCUUGCUGUAUUUUACAACGAUUUGUAUCAUUACUCAGUUGAUACUGAUCAAUGGCGUCUUAUUACAUCGCCCAAUUCUCCAUUGCCACGAUCUGGCCAUUCCAUGUGUGCACACCCUUCAGGUGUUAUUCUUGUUUUUGGUGGUGAAUUUUCUUCACCUAAACAAACCACUUUUUACCACUACGGCGACACUUGGGUUUUAGAUGCUGAAGCUAAAGAGUGGACAAAGGUUGAAGCCAAGAAGGGACCUUCUGGUCGUUCGGGCCACCGUAUGACUGUGUGGAAGAAUUACAUUUUGAUGCAUGGAGGUUUCCGAGACUUGGGCACCAAGUCUAUGUAUCUUAAUGACUUGUGGGCGUUUGAUGUGACCUCGUAUAAAUGGCAUCAAGUGGAGUUUCCUGUGACCCAUUUGCUUCCUGAUGCUCGCAGUGGUCACAGCUUUUUGCCGCACCCUGAGGGUGCUGUUGUUUGGGGAGGUUACAGUAAGGUCAAGGCCCCCCGUAAUACCCAAAAGGGUAAGGUUCAUACUGACACAUGGCUUCUUAAGAUGAAACCCGAUCUUGUUGGUGUUCGCUGGGAAAAACGCAAGAAAGCUCCCUAUGCUCCAAGUCAGCGUGUUGGAUGCUCCAUGACCCACCAUCGUGGUCGUGGAAUUUUGUUUGGUGGUGUUUUUGAUCAUGAAGAUGAUGAUGAUCGCUUGUCCAGUACUUUUUACAAUGACUUGUAUGCAUACCAGACUGAGAUGAAUAAGUGGUUUACCCUGAAGCUUCGUUCCCCACGCAAGCGUGCAGCUCAAAACCAAGCUCAAAACCGAAGUGGUCGUCGUGAAAACCGUGACACUGAUUUGGAAAACACUCUUUCUGAAAUUUUGGAGGGUAAACUUGAUUUGAAAGAUAGCGACGAAGAGAAGCCAGAAGCCAUCAAGGAAGAAGAGGAAGAGGUAAUUAUUAAAAAAGAAUACCCUGUUGUUAACACUCUUCCCCAUCCUAGAUACAAUGUUACUUCUGCAGUUGUUGGUGAUUUGCUUUUCUUGUUUGGAGGUGGCUACGAGUAUAAGGAAAAGGAAUAUCAUUUGGAUUCGAUGUAUUCCAUCGAUUUAGGCAAGUUGGAUGGCUGCAAAGUUUAUUGGGAGGAUCUUACUGAGCUGGAGAACAUGGAAGAGGAAGAGGAAGAGGAAGAAGAUGAAGAUGAGGACCUUGAGGAUGAUGAGGGCGAUGAUUGGGAAGAUGACGAGGACGAAAUUAUGAAUGAUGGAGAUGACUUUGAAGAAGAGGAAGACAAGGAGGAGGAAGAGGAAGAGGAGGAAUCUGAAGAGAUUCCUGAUGACCGCCCAUGGCUGCCGCAUCCCAAGCCAUUUGAAUCCUUGAGAGACUUUUAUGCUCGCACAAGUGAUGAACUUCUUAAAUGGGCCAUGUCUCAGGACCGCGAAGCACGUGGCAAAGAUCUUAAACGUGUCGCAUUUGAACUUGCCGACGACAGAUGGUGGGAACGUCGUGAGGUGCUUCGUGUACAAGAAGAUAAGAUGGAGGAACUUGGAGGUAUUGGUGAUGUCAUUGAAAAGGAUGCUUCCAAGCCUAAAGGUCGACGUUAG